CUCUGUCCCACCUCUGACGCACCCGGUCAGGUAAGAAAACUUCCCAGCUUUCUUUUCUUUUCUUUUUUUUAGCAGUGCGGUCACAAAGGUAAACACUCUGAAGAUUCUGUCAGUAAAGUAGGGAGAGUUUGACCUCCCUAGGGGUGUCAGGGCUUCCGUAGCCAUGGCUGAAUCCCAGCUUAUGUGCAUGGAGGACGGGCACAUCGGUGUCAAAGUCCCGGAGUCCAAGCCGGAGUUCUACUACAGCGAAGAGCAGCGUGCUGCCAUCGAGGAGCUGCUGAAGAAUGGCGACGGCGCCUUCAAGACGCGACUCAAGGAAGACAACGCGAAAGACUUUUUGUCCGCGAGGGAAGUUAAAGUUCUCGUGAGCACUUUCAAACAAUAUGACUCUAACGACACCAGCAGCAGCAGCAGCAGCCAGACGGCGGAACAGGGAGCCGCUGGAGCCGACGCGGACUCAGGGGUUCAUUCUACCUACUGGCCACUGAUGUCGGACACCGAGGUCCCGUCGCUGGACAUCGGCUGGCCCAGCGGGGGGUUCUUCAAAGGGGUGACGCGGGUGGCCGUGCACACCCACCCACCCAAAGACAACGGACCGCACAUCAAGGAGGUGGUGCGGCGGCUCAUCCAGGAGGCGAGCAAGGUCAUCGCCAUAGUGAUGGACAUGCUCACAGACAUCCACAUCCUGCAGGACCUGAUGGAUGCAGCUUGCCGUCGGUCUGUGCCUGUUUACAUUGUGUUGGACGACCAAGCUGUUCCUCACUUCCUGGACAUGUGUUGCAGGCUUCAGAUUGGCUCGCAGCACCUCCGGUUCAUCCGAGCGAGAUCGCUUCAAGGAGUUGGCUUCAAUAUGUCCUUUGGUAAACUCCCUGGUUCACUUUUUACUAAAUACAUGUUGGUGGAUGGAGACAAAGUUGCUUUUGGCUCUUACAGUUUCUCUUGGUCUGCUUCCCGAAUGGACCGAAACAUGAUCACUGUGAUGACGGGGCAGGUGGUGGACGUCUUCGACAGAGACUUCCGUGAGCUGUACGCCAUCUCAGAGAAGUUGGACCUCUACAAGGAGUUUCACGUCAGUCCCCCCGCUGCCAACGUGACCGCCACAAUUCGCUCCAAACUGGAGCCCAAACGCCCUCCGUUACCGGCGACCACAUCCCGUUUCCAGGUGAGCCUCGGAGACUCUCGGAAUGUUGAAAUCCAGGUUCCUGCCCACAAAUACUACAAUCCCAAAUACUCGCUGCUGUUCGGAGGUUCUCCACUUCCUGCACGAUCUCUGCAUGACGAAAGAACAAAGCCGGGUCUCGCAGAUGUUUGCGAAGACGAGGGAAGGCCUCGAGUGGCCAGCAGUCUGAAGCUGGACCAGCAGAGUCCGUUGCCCUCAGAGGCCCCAAGUGAGAACUUCAAGACGCCAAACAACGUAUCUGGGGGGAAAAAGAGAGGCUUUACUUGGAAGUUGUCGAGGAAAAAGUCUCCGAGUAAGCUUUCUGUUAAAAAUACAGGGAGUCCUUCACCGACAGAGACUCAUCCCAAUGAACUGGAAGACGGUGCCACAGUGGUUGUGGUAAGCCCAACCAAAGGGAGUAAGAAGCUUUCUAAACUGGACCAAAGAACAUUGUCUCAGCAAACUGUCAACACGUCACAUGACAGAGAAAGUUUGAAGAGUCGUCGUCAUGGAAAAUCAGGUUGUACAGCGUCCUGAGCUGAACUUGUUUGACACUUUCAACAGCGUACAGUCGCAUGUUCUUAAAACAGAUGAGGAAAUGGAGCUGGUGUGGGACACUGCAACGUCACGCACGUUUGAAUGAAGACCAGAUGAAUGUCCAGUCCUUCAGGUGUUAAUCUACUGGUUUCACAUCUGGAGCCUAAUGCUUCAUGAGGCUGAUCUGGCAGAAUCUCUGGAAUCACAUAUAUGUUGAGGCCUUUGAAUCCACAUUGUUAGGGAUCUGGGUUUGUUUUUUUUGGAUUUUUUUUCUUGCAAUCAUGGGUGAAUUUUUAAAGUUGUUCAGGGAAAGUAUUUAUGUGUCACGCCUGAAUAAGAAAAACCACAUUGAUUCCUAGAGGGAUAUUGUUUGGUUUCAGAUUUAAAUUAAUUGCGAUGAAUUGCAUCUGAAAAUGUUUUUUCAGACCCAUUCAGCCACGCUGACUCUUCAAAAUAUACCAAGCAUAUAUUUCUAUGAUGAAUCCUGGUGUGCAAACAAAGUUUACGCACUACUGAUAUUGCUGCUAACAGACUACAGAUUAGAUCUGUAAUUAUUGAUUCGGGUCAUUUUUACUUUUAUUUUUGCCCACAUGUAUGAUUAUGUACUGAACGAUGACUCCACGUGCAUUGCUUUUCUUUGCCGUUUGCAGAUAGAUGACGUUAAGAAAAUAGAAUCAGUAUCUGCUCAACCGACGCAUUAAUUUUCCUAACAAUGGCAAAUUUAAAGUAGAGGUGUUUAAAGAGACAUAGACCUGCUUUUUAAUGCUAAAGAUGAGCUACUCUUGAGUUGCCACACAAAAGAAAUACUCUGCAGAGGUUUCUGGACCUGAUGCACUGAACACAAAUAUUGAGCACCACAAACGGUGUGUGAAGUUUAACGGUUAAUAGCCGGUAAUUGCCACCAGCUUGUAACAGCAGCCAUCAGAAGUGCGAUUGUAGCGUAAGAGAUAUAUUUCAAGUUUUAAUUUCACAUUUUUACCCAGAAUCCUCUGUCUUCUUUUCAGCAACACGAUCAGCCUUUACGGUAUUUUUCUUGAUUCCGGACAGUGCUACAUAAAAAAAAAGAAGUUCCCUUUUGUUUGAAGUAGGCAGCCCUCCUUUGCAUGGUGUGUGUUUACAGUGUGUGAAACCUCAUGAUAGUGUUUGUGUUUUAUUUUUAUCAGAGAACUGCUUACCAUCAGAUUACUCUCAUUUUGGUGACAGGAAGAGGCGACAGAGCAGCAGAUGUCAGUUGAUAGAAAAGCCUGUGUGAAAAUAUACACAAACACAACAACAUGGUUGGUUUUAUUUCUUUGCACUUGAAAUAAAAAAAAAAAACUGCAUUAAGUUAUACUAAACUUAAAAAAUAUAUACUGUGAUGACCUUUAACAGACUUUUAACUCUUUUUGCACUGUUUCGCACAAGUAACUUUGAAUCAAAAUGUAGCACAGAAAUCUAAAACGUUCAGUCAUAGGAGAAAACAAGAAAUCCUCAAAGCCUUAGCACUUAAAUAAACAGACGGGGGGAAAUGAGCUGAACAGACAUUGUGUUACCCAUUUAGUGGCAUGUUGGGUUGUUGGAUAUAGACAAAGGUUCGAUGCCUAUCAUUUAUUGUUUUUGUAUGUUUCAAUAAAUCUGCUAUCCA